AUGACGCCUCCUCUCGGCACGACUCACGGCCUGCAGUUUCUGCUCCUUGCUUUUGUUUUCCAUCUCUCCCUCGCUGUCGCAGCGGGUGCUUCACGGACCUGCACUAAUACCAGAGCAGACUACAUCGUCGUUGGAGGCGGCACUGCGGGGACGGCACUUGCAACGCGGUUGAGCAAGGGGCUGAAGAAUGCCUGCAUCUUGCUGAUCGAGGCCGGGCCCUAUGCCCCCGACGAGCUGAAAAUCAACGUCCCCGGCAUGAAGGGCUCGACCCUGGGCACCAUCUACGACUGGAACUUCACCACGGUGCCGCAGGUGCAUGUCAAGGACCGCGUGUGGACCGCGCCGAGAGGGAAGGUCCUGGGCGGGUCUUCCGCCCUAAACCUCAUGACCUGGGACAGAGCCAGCAAGGUCGAAUACGAUGCCUGGGAGGCCCUGGGGAAUCCUGGUUGGAACUGGAACUCGAUGAUCAAGUAUAUGAAGAAGGCCGAGAACUUCACCGGUGCUAACACGGCCACCUAUGGCUCGAAAGGCGUGGGCUUCAAAGGACCAGUCCAGACUGUGGUGAACCGCUUCAUUCCGGAGUAUCAACACGACUGGAUCCCAACCCUGGAGCGCUGGGGAGUGCCCAAGAACCUCGAGUCCCUGGGCGGCGAUCCCCUGGGUGUCAUGUGGCAGCCGAGCAAUGUCAGCCCGACGCAUUACAACAGGUCGUACAGCGCAAACUCUUAUCUCCCGAUUUCGGGGCCCAACCUCGUUGUCUUGACGAAUACCCGUGUUGCCAAGGUGAACCUGCAGAAGUCUGGGAAGAAAUACAGAGCGACCGGUGUUACCUUGACCACAGGCGACAUAAUCAAUGCCUCCGCCGAAGUGAUCCUCUCCGCGGGCACGAUCCAGAGCCCGGGGCUGCUGGAACUCUCGGGCAUCGGACAGGCAUCCGUCCUCUCGGCGGCGGGGAUCGAGCAGAAGAUCGACCUGCCGGGGGUCGGCGAGAACCUGCAGGACCACGUCCGCAUCCAGGCAUCCUACCAGCUGAAGCCCAACUACACCUCCAUAGACAUCUUCCGGUACAACGCGACCUACGCGGCCGAGCAGCUGCAGCUCUGGAAGGAGGGCCGGUUCUCACGCUACGACUACACGGCUAGCGCCUAUGCCUUCCUUGACUGGUCGCAGAUCAGCCCCACCCUCUCCUCGACGAUGCUCGCCCUCGCCCGCCAAGCCGCCGCCGCCAACCCCUCCUCGGUGACGGUACAAAAGCAGCUCGAGCUCGCCUCCAACCCGGCCAUCCCGCGGCUCGAGCUCAUCCUGUCCGACGGCUACACCGGCACCAAGGGCUACCCGCCGCCCACAUCCCCGCUCUACGGCGCCAACUUCGCCACCGUCAUCGCCGGCGUCAUGCACUCCUACAGCCGCGGCAGCGUGCACAUCCCGGCCUCCUCCCCGACCACCUCCCCGCCGGUCCUCAACCCCAACUACCUCUCCACGGCGCACGACCUCCGCGCCGCCAUCGAGGGCUUCCGCCUCGCCCGCCGCGCCGCGACCUCGGCGCCGCUGCGCGCGGCAUGGACGUCCGAGUACGAGCCCGGGACGGCGGCCGUGCCGCCCGGAGACGCCGGCGCGGAGCGCGAGUACGUGCUCGACAGCGCCGCGUCCAUCUACCACCCGGUCGGGACGUGCGCGAUGCUGCCGCGGGCGGCGGGCGGGGUGGUGGACGCGGCGCUGCGGGUGUACGGCGUGGGGGGGUUGAGGGUCGUGGAUGCUGCUAUCAUCCCGCUGCUGGUGAGCGGGCACAUACAGACGGCGGUGUAUGGGAUUGCUGAGUUUGCGGCCGAGAUGAUUAUCCAGGGGGUUAUUGGGAAGAGAUGCGAAUGA